CCAGCCUCCGCCCAGCACUGCCAGGGAGGGAGGUGACAGCUGACUUGAGUUGAGGAAACUCCCCAGGAACCUGUUUAUCCGCUUCCUGGCCAGGCUGGGGCUCCUACUGGAAGGACCCGGGACCUGGGCUGGACAUGGCCUCGGCCCUGAGCCCACCCCGGGGCCCCAAGCCCAAAGGCGUGCCACCUUCGCACUACUAUGAGAGCUUCCUGGAGAAAAAGGGACCCUGCGACCAGGAUUACAGGAAGUUCUGGGCAGGCCUCCAGGGUCUAGCCAUCUGCUUCUACAACAGCAAUCGGGACGUUCAGGUCCUGGAGAAGCUGGACCUGAGGCUGUUUUCAAAGCUCAAAGAUGAGACUUGGUGGGGAAGCUCAAGGGACACCAGCUAUCACUUCAGCCUGGUUCUCCGGGACCAGGAGGUCAAAUUCAAGGUUGAAAGCCUGGAGUCUUGCGAGAUGUGGAAAGGAUUUAUCUUGACUGUGGUGGAGCUCCGUGUGCCAUCUAACCUGACCCUGCUGCCGGGGCACCUAUACAUGAUGGCCGAGGUUCUGGCCAAAGAGGAGGCACGGCGGGCCGCCGAGGUGCCCUGGUGCUUCCUGCAGGUGAGCCGGCUGGAGGCGCAGCUGCUCCUGGAGCGCUACCCCGAGUGCGGGAAUCUGCUGUUGCGGCCUGGAGGGGACGGCAAAGAUAGUGUAUCUGUCACUACUCGACAGAUACUCAACGGGGCGCCAGUGGUCAAGCACUACAAGGUGAAGCGGAAGGGUCCUAAGUAUGUGAUCGACGUGGAAGACCCGGUGAGUUUUGGGGGGUCCUGGGCUCCUUCCCCCGCUUCCCUGCCUGACCACCGUCUCUCACCCCAGUUUUCCUGCCCCUCACUGGAAGCUGUGGUCAACUAUUUCGUGACGCAAACCAAGAGGGCGCUGGUCCCCUUCCUGAUGGAGGAGGACUAUGAGAAGGUUCUAGGUUUCGUGGACUCAGAUCGGGAGAAUGGCGAGAGUGUAUGGGCUGUGUCUUCCUCCCGGGGCUCAGGCCCUGCCCCCCAUACUAAUGUCCCAAAGCCACUCCCACCUGUGCCUGUGCCUGUGUCCAGCCAGGAGGACAGGCUGCCUCCACUACCUCCCCUGCCUCAGCUACCGGACCAGGAUGAGAACUAUGUGACCCCCAUUGAAGACUCCCUAGCAGCUGAGUACAUGAAUCAUGAUGUGUCUCCCUCUAGUCAGCCAGUCCCCUCGAAGCCCAAGAAGCCGGCGAAGCUCCCAGCAAAACCCCCAAAGCCACCAGUUGUGCCCAAACCCGGUAGGGCUCCGACCUCCCCAUUUCCCCUCUCGGUGGCAGGUGGCCUUAGAUCUCAUCUGCGUCCUUCUGCAGAUCUCAAAGCCAUCACCAGUGUAUGGGCCAGGAAGCCGGGUGGCAGCUCACCACAGGCUCCCUCCCUCGUGACAAGGCUGGGGGAUAUCACGGCUGAGCUGGAAGAGAAACUGCAGAAGAGGAGAGCAUUGGAACACUGAUCCAAGCUCCAGGGACCAGUGGGCUAUCUUGGGGCGCAGUAGUCCUCCACCGGCUCUGUCCUGAGGGGACUGGACAUACCCAGCCUGGAGGAAUGCCUGUCCUCCAAACAGUGAAGCAGGGAAGAUGCCUGGGAGAUCUGAGGCUAGCCUGAGCUGCACAGUGAUGUCCGUGGCAGCCUGGGCUACAGAGUGAGACCUUGUUUAAUAAAGUAAAAAACAACAAAACUCCACGUGACUGCAAGGUGUGUGUCUAGCAUGGCCUCUAGGAUUGGGGCCUGUUGGGUGUGUUGG